AGGAGCGGCGGAGCAGGUUUGGUUGUGGCGGCGGGAGCGAGCGCUGGCGCCCCCCGAGGAAAGCUGUGGAGAAUGGCACAACCGCGAGUGCUGCCCCAGAGCAAAGAAACACUGCUGCAGUCAUACAACAAGAGGCUGAAGGAUGACAUCAAAUCUAUUCUGGAUAACUUCAUGGAGAUCAUAAAAACAGCUCGGAUUGAAGAUGAAACUCAGGUUUCCCGGGCAACUCAGUGUGAACAGGAUCAUUACGAGAUGCACGUGAGGGCAGCAAACAUUGUCCGCGCUGGGGAGUCUCUCAUGAAGCUUGUGUCAGAUCUAAAGCAAUUCCUGAUCCUGAACGACUUCCCGUCGGUGAAUGAAGCCAUAAACCAGCGGAACCAGCAACUGCGGAGCCUGCAAGAAGAGUGCGACCGGAAGCUGAUCACACUGCGAGACGAGAUCGCUGUCGAUCUGUAUGAACUGGAAGAAGAAUAUUACUCCUCCAGGUACAAAUAGAACAGGCUUUGGGGUCUGGCACCGGGUUUAGCGAUGUGCUGUCUGCCCCGACAGCCUGAUCACAGCACUCUGCUAACCUCACGUGCCAUACCCCAUGCUGCCAUGUACCGUUCUCAGAUGCACCUCGCGGUAUAAUACUUUGCUAUACUACGCACUAUUGUAAUGCAUUCAAAACUUUUCCAUUAAUGAUAAUGCUUGCAUUUAGGAACAGGCACUUUCUGCACAGGAGGAGUCCAUUCGGCCAUGAAGCCUAAACCACUGCUUGCUGUAUUUCUAAAUCAUCUUUCCAGAUCUCUUUCCCCAUGUCCUGCCUUGUUUUAAAUCCUCAAGUGCUUAUCCAUUUCCAUUUUCAACAAUUAUUAACCCACUUUUUCCAGCUAUUGAUAGCUUCUAUCAUAUCAAAACGUCUCAAAGCCCCUUGCAGCUUAUCACCGCCAAGUACAGUGACUACAUUUCUAGGCACAUUUGUAAACUAUAGGCUCUGACAUGCUUCUUGGUUCCUCUCUGUGUCUAAUGGAGAGUUUGUGUAAUGGGUGCCUGGUACACAUUUUUCUCUUGAUAUCUUUAAUAAGGCCCCAGGCUCCUGUGGCCUCUCUUAAGGAUCUUCCUGUUGAAUGACUGUCUCGGUCAUCAUCCCCUAAUAAACCAGCUUUUCUUAUGAUACGUUUGAUACACAGGGUAAUAAAGGGAACUUUGGCCACUUCAAAGCUUUUUACAAAAUAAUUUGCAAUACCUAAUAACUCUUGUGUGUAUUUGCACUGUUAUUGGAUGCAUCAGUCUGGCCAUUUGAAGAUGAUAAAAGUGCAAAGGUCUCGUCAGCCAGACCUGUGCAAGUGAUGGAUUAUAAGAUGCCUUUGAUCCGGAGAUAGAGAGAUCCUCACUCGGCUAUCUAUGCAUUGAGAUGUGGCCUUUAAAUAAACUCCCCCAAGUGUCCUUACAAAUCUCUUUGUGCACCAGUGGAUGUCUGGAACAGCAUUUUCUGUGUCACCUCAAGGACAUUGAACCUGAAUCCAUCCUCUUCUCUAUGGUUCAGUCUCCUGAGGGUGAUUUUCACUUCACUUUGUAUCGUUUUGUACUCGCUGUCUCACCAUUUAUUAAUUAUUGUGAGUGUGAGAGGAGAGCGCGAGCGAGGUUGAGAGGAGCGAGUGAAUGAGUGAGGUGAUUGUCUGGCAAUUGUCAGGUUACAAGAGAGAGAGUAUGUUUUUUUCACCGAAUCACAGAAAUUAGUUUUUCCAGAAUGUAAUUCCAACAGUUAUAAAAUCAUUUCUCCAUUUUACAAAAUUUAUAUUUUGUAAAUCUCCAAAGCCUAAAAUGUGAAGCGCUGAGCGUUUUGAAUAACAGCAUUUCCCCCAUUUCCCACCCACUUUGGGCUUCCCCCAUUUUCCCCCACCCAAUUUCUUUCCAUCUUGAAAGAUCAAAUAUUGUCAUACUAAGUCUCUCUAUCCCCUGGAACACUAACUCAAUUAUGAAAUAAGAUUCAUAUUCCAUGGUAUACGAAUCCCAUAAUUUACCAAUGGUGCCUUUCCCAGGUGGGGCGAAACCGUAGGCAAGUUUCCUUACUCCACAC